GGCACCAAGGUCAGAAUAACCUGUAGCUUUCGUUUACGUUACAAGUAACGAUACAGGACGGAAUUCUACAAAGCAGUUCUGCUGUUCUCUCUGACAGAAUUGCUGUUUCUUGGAACAGAUGAUAAAUAUUUCUCCGACAGGUCCAAGUAACAGACGUCAGACUCUUAUGGAUUAAGGGUCCCACCUUAUCUACACUAUUUUCUUUUAUAAUGGUCUUGUUAAAAAUUUUUCUCACGCAUUCUUCAUAUUCAGAUCUAUUUUUAAGGAUCUAAGAAUGGCAGUUGACAAAAAUCUAAUGUGGUACCAUGGGAAUCUGUCAAGGGAAGAUGCUGAAAGGAUAUUAUUCAAUGGUGGGUCGACAACAAACGGGCGCUUUCUGGUCCGCGACAGCAGUUCGAGUGCUAAAGACUUUGUUUUGUCAGUCUUGUACGAGAAUGAGAUAAUUCACUAUCAAAUACGAAGGCACGGGGAGGACGCCUUUUUUGCGAUAGCUGCAAUCGACGAAGAGACUAUAGUUCAUGGAUUAGACACGUUGAUAGAAUAUUAUCAAGAAAAUGCCAACGGUUUGAUGUGUGCUUUGGUUGAACCCGUACAAAAAGAUUUACCGCCGCAUGACACGAGGAGACACGGGAGGACCAACCUUUUACAUCGCGCCACCAAGCAAGGAGAGUUUAUUGUCGCGUCUGAGCUGUUGAAAUGUGAUUAUCGGCUGGAAGCGAAAGACGAACAAGGACAAACUGCUGUCCAUCUGGCGAGUAAACUGGGACAAGAAGCAAUUCUUCAGAUCCUCAUAGAUAAAGGAGCGAAUGUUAACUGUUUAGACCAAAUGGGAAAUACACCACUGCAUUAUGCCUGUCAGUACAAUUUAAUCAAAAUUGUUAGAAUACUUCUAGAUAGCGGAUUUGCUAAUGUUCAAAGGAGGAAUACAAUCACAGGGUGGGUACCUCUGCACGAAGCGGCGAGUAGAGGCCAUAAAGAUAUUGUUGAAUUAUUGCUACAAAUUGGCGCGCCUAGUCGGCCAAGGACGCUAAAAAAUGAAACUCCUCAGUUGUUGGCAGAAAGCAAUGGAUUUUUCCAGUGCGCACAUCUUUUAAAAACAUAUCCAAGCCCAAUUCCUCAAACUUCAAGGGAACAAUGGUAUCAUGGGACGCUUAAUCGUCAAGAAGCUGUUCUGGCGCUCGAAGCUAGCAAUAUGGGCGAUGGUGCCUUCUUAGUCAGAUACAGUGAAAAUAAAGGAUACGUGUUGACCAUGCUAUGUUCCAACAAGGCUUAUAAUUUUGUUAUUCAGAAGCAUGAAUCUUUUUAUGUAAUUGACAACGGACCUUAUCUCGAUUCCCUUGAACAUGUUGUGGAGCAUUAUCGCCUUUUAACCGAUGGCCUGCCUACCACGCUUCAACACCCUGUACAACCAAAGCCCAAACCGCCAUUACCAAACUUCCACCCAAAAAGAAGUUUUCCGACAUUACCGUAUAAAAAAACAGCAAGGAAAUCUGAAGGGAAUGUAACUGCGACUUUACCCAUGCCACCGAAACCAAGACCAUCUAGGUAUAGCAUAGAUUCCAGCCUAAGUAACUCACACAUGUCUUUAGUGAGCAAUGACAUAUCCUUGCACAAUUCUACUCUGUCUUUACCUUUUUCACUACCUCCUGAACCACAAUCUCAAGUGUUUAUCCCGAAGGAAAAUUUAAUUCUAAAAGAUGUGCUAGGCGAAGGGGAAUUUGGUUCGGUUUUUAGAGCGUUAUAUCAAACAAGACACGGGAAUGAGGAAGAGGUAGCAGUUAAGACUUUAAGACGUGAACAUAUAAGCUCAAAUGAAAAGGAUUUCAUAAGAGAAGCCGAAGUCAUGCUUGGUUUAAAUCAUCACUGCAUCGUUAAACUAAUCGGUCUAGCACAAGGCGAUUCAUUUUACAUGGUUCAGGAGUUGGUUCCUUUAGGUUCAAUUCUUUCCUUUUUGCACAAACAUCCUGAGCAAGUCAGUCCUGACUAUGAACUUCUUGUAUGGGCAUCACAGAUUGCAUGUGGCAUGCAGUAUUUAGAGCAAAACAUGAUUGUUCAUCGCGACCUGGCAGCUCGUAAUGUCUUAUUAGCGACAAGACAUCAGGCUAAAAUAAGCGAUUUUGGACUUUCUAGACCGCUGAAAGAAGAAGGUGGAUAUUACCAGGCGACGAGUGGAGGAAGAUGGCCGAUCAGAUGGUAUGCUCCUGAAUCGUACAACUUUGGCACAUUUUCAUCGGCAAGUGAUGUUUGGAGUUUUGGUGUUACGUUGUGGGAGAUGUUCACUUACGGUGAACAACCGUUUGGCAAUCUCAAGGGUACUGAGGUUAUUAAACUGAUAGAGAAGGGCGAGAGGCUUCCCCAGCCUGCGUAUUGCAAGCCCGCAAUAUACAAAGAGAUGGAAAAAUGCUGGCAGUACGUUGCAAGAGACAGGCCUACAUUUUCCGAGCUGGCCGAGCUAUUCGCAUCGCUCAAUUCGUACGAGAACGUAAGACAGUUAUUAACAAAAACUGAUAUUAGCUGAGGAUUAGACAAAUCAAAUGCCUUAUUCAAUCCAUUCCAAUUCGUCUUAUUUCAGCAUGUCUCUUAUAACAUUUAAUUUUGCCAAUUAUUAAGAAUCGUGAUAUUCUCAAUAUUUUAUUUUAACCGAGUGUCUCUAUCUUAUAACUCUAUCUUAUAUGAUUUUCAUUUAUUCAAUGUUAUUAUUUUUUUAAUGAAAAAUUGCAUACAUUGAUGGGAAAAUUGAACAAAAUUACAAUCAAAAGGUUUAUAAAUAGGUUUUAAUUAAGUUAUUUGGCAAAAUUUUAAUGUUUGAAGUAAGAAUCGUGUAUAGGAAGCAGAUGUAAUAAUAACAUUUAGUAUUAUUUAAUUAUUAAAUUUUAAUUAAAUUUCAAUCAACAAUAAACUGGUCAAUAAAUUUGAUUGAAAAUAGUUGUUUUAUGUAAUAAACUCAUUUUUAUUAUACUCAAUCAACUAUCAAAAACGAGUUCAUCGAAUUUAAUAUAAAAAAAAAACCUUAUUUAAAAAUAAUGUUAACUGAAAAAUUAAUAUACAAAUUAACAAUAAAGGAGAAAUUAAUUGGAUUAAUAGAGCCAUGAAGUUUAAUUUUUUGUCAACGGUAGACAUACAGAAUUUUAAUUUUUACAAUUGUACUAGAUUGUUGCAUAUCCAACCAAAUUUUAUAGGUAAAUCUGACAAUAAUUAUAAAAUAAAAUAAAUAAAUUGUACUUUUCCAUCAAAUGUGGUUAGACUUGUUUAAAAAAAUUGGAUUAAUUUAGAGUUUUAUUAAUUAGAGAACAACAGGGGCUUUAGACUUGUGCAAAUGAUUUUAUAUCGAUCGAAAAUAUUAAAUGAUAUUUUAAUUAUAUUAAUUUCACUAUGGAGAUUGAAUUUAUUUGGUGCCAAAUGUUUUAUUUUAGGUUAUUUUUUUAAAGGCAUGUGCAAUUUUAUUCCCUGCCUCAUUGUAAUUUGUGAUUAAUUAAAUCCUGAAAUUAAAAAAAAAUACAUCUUAGGAUAAUAGCUCAUUUAUGGCUAAUGGUUUGUUUUUAUAUUGUAAUUAACAUGUGCUCAUUAUUAAAUCAAAGCAUUUAGUAUAUUUAAUUUACUCGUUUAAUUAAAAAUAGAAAGUUUUACUGAGAUUUAUGAUGGGUUCUGAAUGAUGCCAAAGAAAUGUAAGCAUUUCAAUAACUUCUUAAAUAAUUGCGUGUGUUUUUAAUGUUAUGAUAAAUUUAUUUUAUAUAUGUAUUUUUUCUAAAUUGUUUUAUCUGUUUAUCUCUGACAGCUGGCCUUGUAAAGGAAGAUAAUUUGUCAAAAAUAAAUCAAUGAUUGUGAACAUAAACGUUUUGACUGAAUAUUAAUGUUGGUAAUUAUAAUUUUUAAAUAAAAUUUAACCUAGCUGGUUUUCUGCUUUGA